AUCACGAAUUUUGGCAAUAUCGCUAUGGGCAAAAGUUGAUAAUACUUAAAUGUCUUUAGUUUUCUAUAACGUUAAUAACAUCUGCUAUCAUGGAUAUUCCAGAGGAAUAUGCUAAAGAGGAAAGUGCUAUAGAGGAAUAUGCUAAAGAGGAAUAUGCUAAAAAGAAAAAUGGUGUAAAUAGAAUAUUCUUCUUUAGACAGUUUUUCUCUUGCAGUAACGUUGUGCUAAAUUUUUUUAUUUCUGGUUUAUAUAUGGGAGCAACUACUGUAAUAGUACCGCAACUGAGAAAAGAGGCUAAUUCUACUGAUGUAGUUACACCAGAAAUGGCAUCUUGGUUAUGUAAGUCUGAAUUGUAUUGUCAUCAUCAUCAUGAUCAUGAUCAACACAUCGCCGGCUCUCAGAAUGAGAAGGGUUUCGGCCAUAGGUGGCAUAACAUAAUUCCACCCGUGUAUAUCGACGCCUUGUCAACAUAA